UGCGAGUGUUUUUUUCUCCUUCCGGUGAAGGAUGCCGAAGUGAUGGUGAAAAAAAGUACGUAAAGGAUUGCUAUGAUGGGAGAUGGAUGUUGAUUUGAAGAGUUGUGCUAGCGUACAACACAAAUACAAUUCAGAGUUGAGUUCAAUUUGCAGCACCAUUGAGACAGUUCACCAUUUCAGGAAAAUAUCGUAGCAGGACUGGUGCAACAUUUUGAAAUCCCUUUUUAAGAAACAUUCAAAAUAGUUUGUUCACUAAACAGUCAGUAGAAUUGCUUGAAGUAAUUUUUAACGAUAACAAAUCACGUUCCUGCUGACAUAUUGCAGCAAAUAUGGCAAAUGUAUCAUCAAUUGCAAUAACGAAUAUGGACGAGCAGCUUACCAUUGUGCGACUAACGCCCGUGCUGGCACCACUGCGGCUAGGUAUGUCACUAACACAUACGAGCGCUAUGAUUAAAUGGUUGUGUUUAUUUACAUUCGCUUGAUUAGCUGUGUUUUGUUAUGGGUGGACCACGGUGCUCGGGACGAAAUAUCGGUUCCUUUACUGUGUCGUGAUCAUUCCGUCUCGUAGUACCUGUCGGAGGUGCUUGUACUUUUAACAAUCAGUGUACCUCCUUCUAUUCAUCGGCGAAAACGGUCGGCAAAGGGUAAGUCUGGCGCGAGUAGAAAGAACCAUACUGUAGAACUGCUUCUCUUGUUCAAUUGUGCACGUUGCAUUCGGAGCGUGUCGUGUGGAUUCCACGUCUUUCGGAGUUUGGUGCAUGGUUAUUUGAAUUCAAAUUAUUGUCCUCGCCAGUCGUAAAGUGAACUCACUUGUGUGCAGUAGCCAAGCAGUGUGACGACUUGUUUCUGCGCUUUGUUCCGUUGUAAUUCGAUGAUCCCCAAAUGACCUUGAGUGGAUACGGUGGGUCCACGUUUGAUCGCUGUUGAAUUGGUUUCGAAUCUACCCUCCUACGAUCCAUCCAUCCCGUUAAGGGAACUAUGCCCGAGGAGGGCUUUUAGGCAUCAUCAUUCAGUCUUUGACUACGGGAACAUACCAAGCACGGUUAACUAAAAAGCUGAACUGCUCAACUGCUGCAGCAGCCUAGACGUCGCAGAAUAAACGGAAGCCAACAGCGUCUCAACAGCGGAAGUGACAAGUCUGCGUAUUGUGCGUUGAGCGGGGAAAAGUGUGCACCUGAACGUUGCAUUCCACGAAAUUGCACGAUGCAUAAAGCAGCGUACAGUGUUACCUUCGUUCGUCACGGCGAAAGCGAAUGGAAUAAGAUGAACCUCUUCUGCGGUUGGCACGACGUCGGUCUCAGUGAGGAAGGUGAAUGGGACGCGUUGGAAGUGUCGGCAGCAGCACUGAAGCGGGAAAACAUGCGUUACGACAUCGCGUUCACUUCCUGUCUGCGCCGAGCUAACCAAACUCUGGACAUUAUUCUAAAGGAGCUCAAUCUCACCGACAUUCCUGUGAGGCAGCUGUGGCGCCUAAACGAACGACACUACGGUGCUCUGACCGGGUUUAACAAGCGCCAGAUGGCCGACAUCUACGGCGAAGAGCAGGUACAGGUGUGGCGGCGCAGCUUCAACGUCCCACCACCAGCCAUCGAACCAACCAACCCGUAUUAUCACGCGAUCAAGAACAAUCCUCGACUGCGGCACAUUAGCGAGCAGGAUUUCCCCACGACCGAAACACUCGAAACGACCAUGGAGCGAGUCGUGCCGGAGUGGACGGAUUCUAUCAUACCGGAGGUUCGUGGCGGCAAGCGGGUACUGGUUGUGGCCCAUGGUACCAGUCUGCGCGGUUUGGUGAAGCACAUUCAAGACGCGGACAUCAUGAAGUUCAACCUACCGAACAGUAUUCCGUUCAUAAUAGAUUUCGACGAGUCGAUGAAGAUGGUGGGCGGCAUCCGGUUCCUGGCGAACGACGACACCGUGCUGAAGGCCAUGGAGAAGGUGGCCUCGAUCGGUGGAAAGUAGCAACAGAAGGACUAAGCUUAAAAGUUUCCCCGAUAUCCCAAGCGUGUAACACACACCCCGCACUGCUCCGAUACGUCCGGUGCUACUCUACCUCAUACCCAGAAACCUUUUUCUUAGUAGAUGCAAUGGUUUCUUUUGCUUCUCUUUGGAGGGUUUUGCUAGCAGUGUUAGACAAAACCCUCUCGUUUGUUUGUGUUUUCCUCUCAUAAUUUUGAACUACUUUUCUGUCACUAGAAAACCAGGUUUCUGAGCGAUUUUUUAAAUAUUAAUACGGCAUAAUGUUAUUGUAAAAAAAUGAAUUUAGAAUGUAUAGGAUGCUUCUUACUGAAUGGGGCAUGUUAUGAGGAUGUUGAACUCAUACCCACCAAGAACAUAAUCGACAGCGACCCCCAGUUUGGCACUAGACGCAGGUGAGCACAGCGACCUCGAUAGGUGGAUCAGGUGAAACAACACCUGUCGGAGAUCAGAUGUGUACAUCGAUGGUAGGCUGCAGCCAGGGACUGAGCAUCCUGGAGAAUAAUUGCUAACCGGGCCAUGCCACAACGACGUGCUCUUUUGUGAGCACGAGAGGGAGAGAGGAAGCUUCCCGCGUCAAUAUUGCCUUUUUGAAGCUACUGUAUUACUUGUGUGUUGUGGUCGUAGAACCUUAAAUUUGGAAAAUGCACUACAUUUUACAUGAUUAUGUUCCGUUAGAUGUAAGAGAAUAGUAGCGGGAGGAGUAUUAUUGUAUCGUAUUUAUAGCGAUAGCCUCGUUUGUACAAGAUUAAUUGUGUACUGGUCCAAUACGAGUGUUGGUAGCGCGUAUAUUCGAGUGUACAAGAACGCAAAAUAAACCCUUUGUAAACUAA